AUGAAGAGUAGUAGCAAUGGAGUGAAGUACACAUAUGUUCACAAAUGGCAUUCAAGAGUUGAAACAUUUACUCAGCUUCAUUUUGAGAUGAAAGAUCUGGGUUCUCUUAGUUACUUUCUUGGUUUUGAGAUUUCUUUUACUCCAUGUGGCUUAUAUCUCACUCAAGCUACAUAUGCAUCUAAUCCCUUAUCUCGUGCUGGUCUCAUGGAUAGCAAGACUGCUCCUAGAUUGCUUAAGUAUAAUACUCGCCUUACACUUUUAGAGGGCGCUGUUGUAUCUGAUGCAACUCUGUAUCGACAAUUAACAGGUAGUCUAGUCUACGUGACUAUUACUCAGCCGGAUAUCUCUAAUGCAGUUGACACAAUCAAUCAGUUUUUCUCUACUCCACAAUCUUCUCAUUAUGUUGUUCUUCUUAUUCUCCAAUAUGUGAAGGGUACUUUGUUUCAUGGGCUUCAUUACUCUGCUCACACCCCCAUUGAGUUAUGUGCAUAUUUUAAUGCUGACUAG